GCGCAAGGACACGUUGCAUUUGCGGCGCCGCAGACCACGCACGCAUCUCAGCAUGGCUUCCGCGGACUCUCGACGAAUGGGGAAUGAUGGUGGUGGUGGUGUCGGGGGCGCCUUCCAGCCCUACCUGGACUCCUUGCGGCAGGAGCUGCAGCAGAGGGACCCGACGCUGCUGUCAGUCGUGGUGGCGCUUCUCGCGGUGCUGCUGACGCUGGUGUUGUGGAAGUUCAUCCGCAGCAGAAGGAGCAGUCAGAGAGCCGUUCUUCUCGUUGGCCUUUGUGACUCCGGGAAGACAUUGCUCUUUGUCAGAUUGUUAACGGGACUUUACAGAGACACUCAGACUUCCAUCACUGACAGCUCUGCUGCGUACAGAGUCAACAAUUCUAGGGGCACUAACCUGACCUUGAUUGACCUCCCUGGCCACGAGAGCUUGAGACUUCAGUUCUUAGAGCGGUUUAAGGCUUCAGCCCGGGCUGUUGUGUUUGUUGUGGAUAGUGCAGCCUUCCAGCGAGAGGUGAAGGAUGUGGCCGAGUUUCUAUAUCAAGUCCUCAUUGACAGCAUGAGUCUGAAGAACGCACCAUCAUUCUUAAUUGCCUGCAAUAAGCAAGACAUUACAAUGGCAAAAUCAGCAAAGUUAAUUCAGCAACAGCUUGAGAAAGAGCUCAACACUUUACGAGUCACCCGCUCUGCGGCCCCCAGCACACUGGACAGUUCCAGCGCAGCCCCUGCUCAGCUGGGAAAGAAAGGCAAAGAAUUUGAAUUCUCGCAGUUGCCCCUCAAAGUGGAGUUCGUGGAGUGUAGUGCCAAGGGUGGAAGAGGGGACGCCAGCUCUGCUGAUAUCCAGGACUUGGAGAAGUGGCUGGCUAAGAUUGCCUGAGGGGCGAACCCAGGCACCCAGCUGUGAAUGUGUAUGUGGUGACGGACAGUUUUGGAAAAGGGUAUAGUUAGAAACAUUUCCUUGUUCUGGAAACAAGUUACUGUAGAAUUUCAGCCUGGAGUUUUUUUUAAAAGUCCAGUUCCCCUUAUUGCUUUCAAACUUGUCACUUUUAUUGACUCGUAUGCCUUCCCCUUGUUAAAGUGUAUGUGAUGUCCCGUUAGUGUGUGCCUGAUGUUCGUCUUUGUGACCAUGACAAGCAGACUCCACGUAGAGAAGAUCAUGAGAACAUGGUUACCAUCUGAAAAGUUUUUUUUAUCUUGUGCUUUGGUCCCUUUUUCCUGGAAACAAACCUCUGUGUAUGGAACUAGUUAAUUUCCAAUUACCCUUGAGGUUCAUGGACAGUAUAUCAUUUAGUCCUUUUGAACUCUCAGUUUUGUAUGUACAAUUACAAUAUGGUCUCCCGACAUGUGGAGACAGAUAUAAAGCAGCAAGGCUGUGUUGACAGUGGGUCUGUCCUUCAUCAGCUCAGUGACUUGUCCACACUCCACCCUCAUAGCAUUUAAGUUUCCAAAACAUGUGACGAACCCUUGGAAUUAAUCAUUCCCAAGUGAUAGAACUGUAAGUGCUAUUUUGCCAAAUGCCAAGGGUAUAGUGGUUUCCCCUAACGGGGAGUACAUGGAGAUUUAGAAGCCGUUCUGCUUUCUGGGUGGCUGAAGGCUCCUGAGCUAUCUUCAUGUGCUGUUUGAUCAGCUCCUGUUGUGUACUCUUAGCUAGAAUGCCGUGGAACAAAUGCAAAAUGAAAAACGUCCUCUGGAUUUUUAAUGUGUAUUUCACUGACAUUAAGAAAAACGGCCUUUUCAAAGUGAUUAUUUGCUGUCUUCUUAAAUGUAUGGAUUUUAUAAAUUAUUAAUACAUUUCUUGGUAAGUAAAACAGCCUGUUUAGCUCAAAGUGAUUAAGUAGCAUGGUAUAGUGAGUACAGAUGGGAGUGUGUAUUAGAUUCAGGCCUAACUGUAAGUUUCCAGGGCCUAAAGAUUGCAGUGUACACUGGACAGACUCUCCUAUCCUUGCUUCACACACCGAGGGCCCAGCCCCACUAUCGCCUAAAAGGAAACAAGGGUGGCGUGAAUAUGUGGGGAGCUAACCCCAGAACAGUGUGGUAAGAGCCGUACAGGAGAGGUCUAGGGUGCUCUGGGAGCACGCAGCAGGAGCACCUAACCUGGCUUGGAGGGAUCAGGGAGAGUCAAAGAAUAAAAGCAAAUGGAGCUGACAGCGUCCCAGUGAGUGUGGUCCCCGUGUACACACUCUAGCUCCCCUGCCCCAGACUCUGUGUCACACACCUGCUGCUCAUGUAUGAAAUAAAUGCAAGCUGAGACAAGACGACGACAGACCUUGACCCUGGCAGAGUUCUUCCUGAAAGCCUCAUUGCUUCUGGUGCCCUUCCUGUCCUUUGUAGUGCUAGUUGUGCCCUUUCCUUACUCCCCAAGUAGUAAUGUAAGGAAGUAGGUAAGAACAGUGAACCAGAAAUCAGAGAGGAAUGUGAUAAAUGACGUGUUCGCAUCAUCAGAUGCGCAUGUGGGUACAAAUCAAUGGCGUGGUGCUGCUGUGAAGAGGCCUGGGUUCUCUCAGAUUUGUUUUUUCUCUCUGGUUAAUAAAGUCUUUUACUUUA